AUGAUACAAAAGGCAAUUUUAAGCGAAUUACAUAUAAAAUUAUCUUCAUGGUUGAUUUUUGAAGAUCAAGUAAGCUUUUUAUCAACUUUGAACAUAACCCAAUUGUGUGUAUUAUCAGAUUACCAAAACAAUAACAAAGAGGAUGAUGCUCUCCAAUUUAUAGACUUAUUAAGAAAAAGCCAAGAAAUAGAACAUGAUAUAUUUAAGACUCCAAUUUCCUCAAGAAUAAAUAGAGAUGAAUCGCCUCCAACGCCUCAUUCAGUAAUUAAGGUGAAAGCCAAUUGCUCGAUCGAUACUUCAUGUGCAGAUUUCAAACAUAUAGUCGACAACGGCAAUAUUUAUAUCGACAAAACUUUGUUUAUAAAAGCAAUUUUAGAAGAUUCUACCUAUAAAAUUGCUAUUCUUAGACCAAGAAGUUGGGGCAAAUCACUGAACAUGAGUAUGCUUCAAGCAUUUCUAAAUCCUCAGAGAGGCGAGUCUGAAGAAUUCGCAAACUUAUACUUAUUUACUGGUGGGGAAAGUAAAAAAAUUAUGAAAAUAGAUGAUGGUAAGUAUAGAAAAUUUGCAGGAAAAAUUCCUACUAUUUUAUUUCAAGUUCCCGAGAUUUAUCCUUCAAAUGCUGAAAUGUAUGAAGCAAUCAAGCUUACAAUAGCAGUGAUAUUAUGAGAGCAUAUUUCUUCAUAUCGUCAAUAUUUAGAACAAAAAAUAAGUGACUCUUCAAUAAGAGUAGACUUUAAGGGUGCAACAAUCAAAUUUUUUUUGGAAAAAAUAAUUGAUCAAAAUCAAAUAGUAUUACCUAAGGAAAUAAGGUUAUAUAGACUUUAUCUAUCAGAUUUUUCUCAAAUAAAUAUAUGCAUAGCAUUGAAUAUCCUGGCCAGAAUGCUGUAUAUGAUUCAUAAUGAACCGGUCAUUUUUAUUAUAGAUGACUACGAUAGUAAUUAUAAACGGACAGCGGCAAAUAGAGAGUUUGAACAGAAACUAGAGAGCUUUUAA